GGACCACACCAGGAGCCAUGAAUAACCUUCCGGAAUACCUUCAGGAGACAUCUUAUGCUGAGCAAAUCGCCUCUUGUUAUGCUGCCGCUUCUCCAAACAAACCGCUUCUGCCACCGCCCGAGCUUCCAUCGUUUUGGAACGAUAAGGACAAAUGCGAACUUAUCGAGGUUGUGAAUGGAGGAUUGGAUGUGCGAUUCGUUGGCCCAGGGAGAGGGAACGAUAAGGAUGCUGCAAGCGUCAGAGCAAAUUGUCCGAUACCCCGAGGGGUCGGAGUGUACUACUUCGAAGUGGAGAUCGUGAGUAAGGGUGCUGAAGGAUUCAUUGGAAUUGGCUUCUGCAAGUUGAGAGUGCCUCUCAACCGCCUACCAGGGUGGGAGUCCGAUUCAUGGGGCUAUCACGGCGACGACGGACACAGCUUCUGCUGUCAAGGAACCGGAAAGCAGUACGGGCCAAAGUUUACAACUGGAGAUAUCGUUGGAUGCGCAAUAAAUUUUCGGACCUUGACUGGUUUCUACACCAAGAACGGAGUGGAUUUAGGAAUUGCCUUCCGCGAUCUACCUAUCUCCAGAUCGGACCUGUACCCCAGCGUCGGAUUGAGAACCAUGGGCGAGCAUGUCAGAGUCAACUUUGGUCAGAAGUCUUUUGUCUACGAUGUUGAGCAGUAUAUGCGGGAAGAAAAAGCGAAAAUGUACGGCUUAAUAAACACCGUCCCAACGGAGAACCUCUUCGGCGAUGAUGACGUCAUGCACGUCGUUCAGUCCCUCGUCGGCUCCUACCUUUCCCACAACGGAUACGUUGAGACGGCUCGGGCAUUUGCGGAGGUGGUCAAAUCAGAGCACGAAGCAUUACCUACAGGUGCCCUGCCUAAAGAGUUUUCGAGCAAAGAAGACGCAGCUGCUGUAAACCGCCAGCGAAUAUGGAAUGCGGUUGUUCGUGGUGAUAUUGAGCAUGGUAUCAAAUUGACGAACACGUUCUUUCCAGAUGUACUGACGGCCGAGGAGAACAUGGAGGUGAUGUUCAAACUGCGGUGCAGAGAGUUUGUGAAGUUGAUUAUGGCUGUGGCCGAGGCGACUUCCCCUACCGUUAAGCCGGACGAAGAUAUGCCAGAUGUUGCUAUGGGCGAGGAAGUUGAUCUGGUUGGUAGUCCAGCUCCUGCGGAUUCUACGAAGUUGUUGGGAGCGGUUCUCGAAUUAGGCAAAAAGCUACGUGAGUGGUUCCCAUCACCGGAGCACCGCGAUGCGUUGCAGGAGAUUUUCUCUCUGAUCGCAUAUCCCGAUCCUCGUACCGAGCCGCGAGUUGCGAGUCUAAUUGACCCUGCUCAUGACGCGGCUGUGGCCGAGGAGCUCAACUCAGCAAUUCUGGUGAGCAGUGGUGGUACAAAGUUCAGUGCUCUGGAAAGGCUUGUACAGAGCACCGUCGUGAAAUGCAGCCAGCUGAGAGAUGAGGGCAAUGGCGCGGUUGGGGUGGUGAACGUGAAGGCCGACUUCUUGGGAUGAGUGGAGGCCAUUGGCUGGACGGGAGGGAAUGGCGAAUACUAAGCGAUACACAAAUGCAUGCAUACUGGCGGGUCCGGGAUAUCGUUUACCUGGCGU